AUGCUUUCUGAUUCACGGGCUAGCCUUUUUGAGAAGGUUCUACGCAACCGGUCUCGUCAUAUCACGUUAGCGUUGGAUGGUGUCUUUGGAGCACAUAACCUUGCUGCAAUUGUUCGGUCCUGCGACGCGUGGGGAUUGCAAGAUUUGCACAUCAUUGCGCAGCCAGAGGAAUACGUGCCGAAUCCAAAGGGAGGACAGCCUGAACCUCCUCGAUACGAAUCCUUCCUCAAGAUGAUACAGAAGGACGUAUCUGUUCGGAAAGUCUCCAAAAGCAGUGACAAAUGGGUAACUAUUAAGGAAUAUGACGGGGUUAAGUCUUGUGUUGGUGCACUACGGCAGGCUGGGUACAAGAUUUUUGUGUCCUCUCUACGGACUGAUGCAAAGUCUAUUCAUGAAGUAGAUUUAGGAUCGAAAUGUGCCUUCGUUCUUGGAAACGAACGGCAUGGCGUCACGGCAGAAAUGGAAUCAGAAGCAGAUGAAUUGUUCACUGUCCCGAUGAUGGGAUUCGUGGAGAGCAUGAAUGUCUCUGUCGCUGCGGGAAACAUCGCCUGCCUUACAACCACCAAAUGCCGGAAUGAAAUCCACAAUUCAGAGUACUUCAUUUCAUCAACAGAGCAACGAGAGCUCGCCCAUACAUGGCUCAUGGAGCGGUUUACUUCGACAAAGACACCGAAACGAGUGGUCGCUCUGCAGGACGUAACAAGGCUUGGGUACAGGACUGAGAGAACGAUUGUUAGUAAGGGAAUGUUUGCACAGGUCGAAGACCAGUCAUUGUCAAGAGGAUCAUAUUGGCCUUUGGCAUUGAGGCUAACUGUUAGUGAAGGGAAUCAAGUUGUGAGAGAGUUGUCGCGAAGAAAAGUUGGGGCUCUUGGUGACACUUCGCACAGGAAGAGAUGCGAAGGUAUCAACUACUUUCUCAGUAGCACGCAUGCCCUGAGCUGCGAGGCAGCUAUUGCCCACUCAGGACCUGCCAUAUCAAGUAGAAAGAGUCUGUAUGAGUUUUUCGCGCUUGCUUGCAAUGAAGUACACCAACUAUACGCCCCAAACUUUGAUCAGUUCGGGGUGCCUAUUCUCCCAGUGACAUUUGAAGAAUCCGGAAAGGUAUUCCAUGAGCUUGCGCGUUCUGCUCCAAAAACGGCUCGAAAUGCAUGCCUUCAAUUUACUGCUGAUGUUCUUGGUGUGCCUGGAAAGGAUGUGGAGGCACUCGUCCAAAAGGCCGGUGCUAUUGACGUCGCAUUAUGUAUAGCAGAUAUGACGCGGUGCGGGGAGACAAGAGCGGCUGAACUCGAAGCUAUCGCGCGGCGGAAGGAUUUUUAUGAGGACGCUGUGCGGGAAGUCGUGCUGGAGCGACAUUUUGAGCGGGAUAUGAACACGUUUGACUUGAGCGUUAGUUCCCCUUGCCAGUUGGAUCAGAAAGAGCGCGAUUGCUUACAAAUUCUCCUGCGCAUAUGCAAUGCAGCGUUUCUAUGCUCUGAGGUUUACCAAACAGUAUGGGAUCGGCAUAUAAGGCGUGGCAACGUCGCAAGAAUUCAUUCUCUAGAUUUUAAUCUAUUAGAGUCCCUGAGCUGUGAUGCGUUUCAAGAAAUGCAAGUGCUUGGAGUUGCACACGAAGUCGCGCUUGCGCGGGUCCUGUUUGAAUGGGAACGAGCAUUGUUUCGGCUCAAGAGAUGCUUUGCAGAUGACGUGUAG